AUGUUGUUGUACAUUAUUAUCUCCUUUGUUGUUCUGAUUAACUCACUUCAAUGGGGUGAUGCCCUGUCAUGUGAGGCCAAAGACCCAAACAUCAUUGCCCAAAAUCUUGCCAAUGCAAUCAAAUUCCCAACAAUAUCUCAAUCAUUGGAUAGUGAGAUACCCACCAACUAUACACCAUAUACACAGUUUAUAACAUACUUGGAGACGACAUAUCCAUUGGUACACACCAAGUUGAAUAGGACAGUGGUCAAUCAAUACUCAUUGUUGUUUGAAUGGAAAGGCCGCAAUAGGAGACUGAAACCAAUAUUCAUCAAUGGUCAUUAUGAUGUUGUGCCUGUCGAACCCAGCCAAUGGUCGGUCGAUCCCUUUGGAGGAGUGAUCCUGAAUGGCACAAUAUGGGGUCGAGGAGCAAUCGAUAACAAAUUGAUAGUGAUCGCUGCUUUGGAAGCUGUUGAAUCACUGUUGCUAAAGUCAUUCAUCCCGGAGCGCACGGUCUUCCUUGCGUUUGGCCAUGACGAGGAGAUCGGUGGCAAUGAUGGCCACAAGAAGAUAUCAGAGUUGGUGCAGUCCCGAAACAUAACGGCCGAAAUGAUCAUUGAUGAAGGCUUGCCAAUCAUGGCGCCUGGCUUCCUACCUGGCCUGAUCACACAAACCACAGCGAUGGUUGGUGUGUUUGAGAAAGGCUACAUUUUCUACAAUAUCACGGCUAAGGGACAGGGCGGCCACUCAUCGAUGCCCCCUUCAACCCAGUCGCCUAUCGGCAUCCUGUCCAAGGCCAUCACGACACUCGAGAGCAACCAACUUCCCGCGCCCAACUCCACCAUGAGGAAUGAGUUCCUGGAACAGUUCCCAUCGUCGACCAUCUCGGCUGUGCCCUUCCUCGACUAUAUGAGGCGCACGACUACCACUGUGACACUUAUCCGCGGUGGCAUCAAGUCUAAUGUAUUGGCGACAUCGGCCACUGCAUGGAUCAGUCAUCGAGUAGUGCCAGGUGAUGAUAUCGACGCGAUCAUUGCACGUAACAAUCGACUGAUCAAUGAUUCCAGGAUUAGUGUGGUCAUUGAGGCUACACUACCGCCAUCGCCCUAUUCAAACAUAUCGACUGAUACAUACAAAACAUUGCGACGCACCUUGAUGUACACAUUUGGUGGUGACCUGUUGGUAAAGAGUGGACUGAUGUUUGCCAACACUGACACGCGACACUACUGGCCCGUGUCAUCAAACAUCUAUCGCAUAAUGCCAAUCAUUGGCAGUGGAGCUGACCUUGGUUCCAUCCAUGGUUUCAAUGAGAAGUUGAACAUUGACAACCUAGUCAACGCCGUAGCAUUCUAUCGAGAGCUAAUUAAACAGUUCAACAUUGCUGACUGA